CCGUACUUAAAAUUGCGAUUUAUUUAAUAUAUCCGUCUUCAUAUUAUCAAUAAGUUCUACUUUCGUUAAGACUUGAGUUUGGCCACACCUAGAUCCUGUCCUAUUUUCACAAAAAAAGAGAGAAGCCUUUUCUUCUUGUGCAUUUGUUUGUGUGCCGGUGAGUACCCGGCUGUGUAACUUGAUAGGAGCCUGUGCGAGUGAAUAAGGGAAUGUUGGACAGCAAUGGAGCGGAAUGCAAUCCAGUGGUUAGGUGCUCCCUGCUGCCUGCGAGGGUCCUUCGCCUUCUAUAAGUCCUUCAGCUGUCGGGCUGAAGCGGGCCACCAGGGCGGCGUGUGGAGGCUGGGUGAGUUCUACUUCGUGCGCUUUGGACCGCAGGAGCCCGUGUGCAUCGCUGAGCUGGCCCUGCUGUGGGAGGACCGGGCACAGCGCCACCUCCUGGCCAGUUCCCGCCUCUACUUCCUACCUGAGGACACCCCAAAAGGCAGAACGGGAGAACAUGGAGAGGACGAGGUGCUGGCGGUGUCGAAGAAGAUCGUGAUCCGGGUGGAGGACCUGGUGAAGUGGACCUGCCUGGAGCCGUCGGGGUGGAAAGGGAGCAGCCAGAAGGCCAAAGGGACAAACGGUUUACACAGGCCGUUGCCGGCCCCCUCGGAGCAGAAAGCUGAGCGCGGCGCCGGUGGCGGCCUUGAGGAGCGAGAGAGGGUGAAGGUUCUCAGCUACCCCCAGUACUGCCGCUACCGUUCCCUGCAGAGGCGCAUCCAGGACCGGCUCGGCGGACCCAGCCUCCAGGACCCCCACCUGCUGGCCCUGGGGGGGAUCCGAGUGGCCCACCACAACACCCUGGUGCUGUACUGCCGGGACACCUUCAACCACCCCACCCUGGACAGCAACACCAGCAUCUGGACCCAGCUGGGGUGCUCCUCUCUCAGCCUGAAGGGACGGCCACGCAAGAGAAGAGGCAGAGACGGAAAGGGGGUGGAGAGACAGCAGUUCAACCAAUCAGAGUCUUGGAUAGAGAGAAUGAAGGAGAACGUCAUGGGGAGCGUGGAGGUGCCGUGGGAGGGGGGCUGGCUUCCCCACCCCGAGGAGCAGCCCUUCCUGGACCAGCUCUAUGCCUUCAUGGAGCGCAGGGGCUCCCCCAUCAGCAAGGUUCCCAACCUGGGAUUCAAGAAGAUUGAUCUCUUCCUCCUGUUCUCUGUUGUCAAAAGGCUCGGAGGCUAUGAAAGGGUGACGUCAGAGCAGCUGUGGAAGCAGGUGUACAACGAGCUGGGGGGCAGUCCCGGCAGCACCAGCGCCGCCACCUGCACCAGGAGGCACUAUGAGAAGCUGAUCCUGGCGUACGAGCAGCACCUAACAGGAGAAGGUUCAGAGCUGUCCAAACCCCAGCCACCCGCAGCGGCCAACAGGAGCAAGGAGACGCAGAAGGGGAGAGGAGGAGAGGCCAAUCAGAAGGAGAAGAAAACAAACAACGCAACUGGCCAGGGCGUUGCAGUGAAGCCAAAGGUCACAGAGGUGAGGAGGAGGGGCAGGCCCCCAAGCAGAAGGCAUGCUAAAGCGGCGGCGAAGCCCUCGAAGGCGGAGACCACGGCCCCGCAGGUGAAGGCGAACCCCGGCACCGCUCCGGCAGCGCGUCCCGUCGGCCACCUGGACGGGUCCACCGCCCAGACGCCUCUGUCCGUGUUCCAGGAGCUGAACCUUGGCAACCUGGCGCCGACAGCAGCCCAGCCCCCCGCAGCUUUCCUCAAAACCGGCCUGGGCCCCUCUGAGGACCUCCGAGUCAGCCAGCCCCUCGCCUCGUCCCCCCUGCUUCCCCCUCAGACCAAAACGGAGCCCGUGGUCAAGCUGGAUCAUGUGGACCCCCUUUCACCGUCCUCGCUGUCGGCACUCACCCGGCUGCACAUGGCCGGGCCCCUGGGGGGCUUCAGCCUCCCGAAAGGCCUCUCCCCCCUCGACCUGUUUCGGGCCCGUCUGGGCCUCGCCACUGCGGACGGGCCCGGCGUGACCCCCCCAGACUCCCCCGCCCUCCAGCCCUCCCUCCUCCUCUUCCAGCCCAAAUCCGGGAGCCCAGAGACCCACCGGCCCGGGGGAGAGGACGGCUCUCAGAAGGGCCCGGUGGAGCCCUCGGACGGGCUGGGCCGGGAUGGGCGGCCCAGGGCCCCCCUGCCGCCACUGCGCAUCCUCCCGCUGGACAUCGACUGCAGCCUGCAGGUGCGGCAGCUCAUGAGGACCCGCCUGGGCUCCUCGCAGUUCAGCUCCUUCACCAAGAAGCUGACCGAGGUGCUGGCUCAGGACCUGAGCAAGGCCCGCCAGCCUGGCCUCGGCUCCCCCCCCGCCCCACCGGCCGGCCAGGAGCAGUCCCUCCCCCUCAAUCUCAGCAAGCGCUGCACCAGCAAGAGGCCCGCCGACGACGCCACCGACCCUGGCGGCCUGCCCGGCUCCCACCGAGGCCUUGACCUGCCCCUCCCAGCAAAGAGGGCAAAGACGGAGUGGGAGGGGGGUGCUGAGCCGCUGAAACACACGGCCGGCCUGACUCUCAUCCCGGCAACGCAGGACGAGCCCGCCGACCUCAGCUGUCCCCGGCGGGCCCGGGCCUCGCUGCAAGAGCGGGCCGGGGCCGGGUGCGAGCGUGGGUCCGGCCGGGGCGAGGGAGGCGGCACCCGGGAGAGCCGCUCUGAUGGUGGAGCAGCCUGCAGGGGGUCUGAGUGAGGGCAGCCUGGUGACGCUGAUUACAGAGCUGGGAGGGGAAAAUCCCAGUGUCACUCGUGUGUGUUCAAACGUACAGUUUCAGUCUUGUACACCUGCAGUUACACGGCACCCCAUCACUGACACACACGCACAAACUCACUUGCAGACAUGAAGUGAGUAAAAAACACAAUUAUUGCUGACACACACAUACACAGACUAACUUGUGCACAAAUGUGCAUGAACAACUAUUAAAACACAGACUCAACACACGCAAAAUCACUAACUUGUGCCCACACGUUCUCUUUCUCUCUCUCUCUCUCUCUCUCUCACAUAGACA